UGCACGCUGCCUGUGAUUUCGUCCAAUCAGCGCGACAAAAAUAAGACGCUGCAAUGGCUGCUGAGUCUGAAACGAGACGUUAUGAACGUCGAAGAUGUUGUUUUAGAGAUACACCCGUGAUCGACCACAAGCAUUCUGAAGGGCAGGUGGGCCCGCAUUCUUUUACGUGAAUGAAGCGACUUUCAGUUUCGAUUCUUCAGAAGCACCGCUCGGUUGUCACAGUGGAUCUCCGUUCACGAUGGCAGCAGCUCGCCCGUUGCUGUCCGCCGAUCAGUACACCUGCUCGGUGUGUCUGGACGUCCUGAAGAAGCCCGUCACUAUCCCGUGUGGACACAAUUACUGUCUGGACUGUAUUAAUGACUACUGGGACCAGUCCGACACCGGGGGGGUCUACCUGUGCCCUCAGUGCAGGCGAUCAUUUAACGUGAGGCCCGAGCUUAACAGAAACACCGUACUAGCAGAAAUAAUAGAAAAACUGAAUGAAAUGCAAAGCCAUGUCGCUCCGUCUCAGAGUUACGCCGGACCUGACGAUGUCCCCUGUGAUGUUUGUCCGGGGAGAAAAUGGACAGCCGUGAAGACCUGCCUGACCUGCAUGGCCUCUUACUGCCAAAGUCACCUGCAGCCACACAGAGAGUUUAAAGCUCUGAAGAAACACAAACUCGGGGAGCCGACUGGAAACCUCGAGGAGAAAAUCUGCGCAAAACACCAGAGAGUCCUGGAAAUCUUCUGUAGGACCGACGGGACGUGCGUGUGUUUACUGUGCGUGGCGACCGAGCACAAGAGUCACGACACGGUGACACCGGAGGAGGAGAGAGCGGGGAGACAGAGUCAACUGGAUAAAGAAAAGAAAGGGCUGAGAAAGAGAAUCCAGGAGACAGAGAAGAGACUGGAGGAAAUGAAAGAGAGCGUAGUGAAGAUUCAGAGAUCUGCACUUAAAGAGCUGCAGGAACAUGAGGAGACCUUCAACUUCCUGACUCAAAUAAUUGAGACCCUGAGGUCCAAGGUUACCGAGACAGUUAGAGAUCAUGAGCGGAAAGAGGUGAGAAAAGCUGAAGAGCUCAUGGAGAAACUGGAGAAGGAGAUUAAGGAGCUGAAGAAGACCAGUGCCGAGUUGGCCCAGCUUUCCCAUACUGAUGACCACAUCCACUUUCUAAAGAAGUUUCCAUCCCUCUGUGUCCCUAUGAGUGACGGAGUCUCAUCUAAACUCACGACCAAUUCAGAUUUCCUUACUGAGACUCUGAAGAAAGACCUGUCUGAGCUGCAGAGGCGUCUUCAGGAGAUGAGUGGCUGGGAAUUUGUGAAGAGCCAGCAGACUGAAGUAAAAACCCCAAGUUGCUUCCAGCAGAAUAUGAGUAGGAAUUCAUUUCUACAAUACUCCUGUCACCUCUCGAUGGACCCCAACACGGCACACAGACGCCUUCAGCUGACAGAAUGGGGCACAAAGGUGACAUGUAGUGAGACGUUGACCCCGUAUCCUGAUCACCCGGACAGAUUUGACUGGUGGACUCAAGUCCUGUGCAAACAGGCCCUGAGUGGGUCCCGCUUUUACUGGGAGAUCGAGUGGAGCGGAGAUGGAGCCGAGGUUGGGGUUGCAUAUAAAGGAAUCAGCAGGAAAGGAAAAGGUAAAGACUGUGGCCUUGGAAGCAAUGACAAAUCAUGGAGUCUGCUCUGCUCUGACUCCUCCUGGCAAAACAAGAAGGAGAAGGCCGCAGGUCACCCACCCCUCAGCCACAGGAUCGGCGUGUACCUGGACUGUCCGGCUGGCUCGCUGUCAAUUUACAGGGUCUCGGACACAAUGAGCCUCCUGCUCAGGUACAAAUCCACCUUCACGGAGCCGCUAUAUCCUGGGUUUCGGGUUCGGCCCAACUCCAGUGUCAAAAUCUGCCCCCUGGACCCGUCUGACCAGUGACCAGUAUGGGGCUAACAUAGAAUAAAGUAAUCAUCAGUCAUCAUGUAAAGAUUUGGUAAUUACAUGACAGUUACUGACUAAAUUCCAAAUCUGUUAGUUAUGUUACACAUUCUGUGUCGUCAUUAGAACAUGACGUGUGAAUUUCACAAACGUCUUGAAGGACAGGCGUUAGAACGCAGUCAGAUCGGCACUGGAGAUGUGCUUUUUGAUUUUAUGACAUUACGUGACAGUCUGUUUUACUUCAGGAUUGUCAGUCCGUGUACAAGUAAUGUAACUGAAUCUUUAACUUAAUAGUCAGUGACUGUUAUAAAACACAAAGGUCUUCUCUGUGUAUCGGCCGACCGCUUACCCAGCCAGCAGCUACAUCUCCAAGACCUGUGGCCUGGAUAAAUUACUGAGAUUCAAUCUAAAUAUCAAGCCGUACCUCUAACAAAUGAAACUUUUCCGCACAAUCGAUGGUGUAAAUAUAAGCACAAAAGCAGAUAUGUAAAAUUAAACUGAUUGAUUAUAUUAAAUGAAAUAACAAAAAUACAAAUUCCAUACGAACAAUACAUACUGUAUAUAUAACUAUGGAUGUCCACCACCAAACUAAUAAAGGGCCAACACCAUAUAUAUAUAAUAAAACUCUCCCUUGUCCCAGUAACAUAUAACAACACAAAACACGAAUACAAAUAAAUGGAUACGAAAAUGCUGAUGAUUGUGAAUUAGAGUCCAGGUAUAAAAAUUCUCCUGAAUACGGAUGACCGUAUGAGAGAUAAGUGAUUUGUUUGAAUUUCUCGGCAAAUGGAGCAACCUCACCGGGAAUCCUCAGCACGUGGUGGAUGAUUUUAUCCGACCCCAGGGUCUCUGGGGAUGAGGGAUAGAAGACAGUCCGGCGGAAUGAAAACAAACUGGUGCAAAAGUGCGAUGUGGAAAACAGCAAGUAAGUUGGUUCGUGGUGGUGACAAAUGGACUCCUUCUUUCUUCUCCCUCCCUUUGGGAAUUGAUCUUCUGAAAUCAUCCCACUGGGUAAGACUGAAACUCAAUUGAAAGUGGACCUUGCAACAUGACAGUGACCCUAAACAUACCAGUAAAUCCACCAAGGAAUGGAUGAAAAGAAAGAAAUAAAGUGUUCUGGAAUGACCAAGUCAAAGUCUGCAUCUGACUCCAUCGAGAUGCUGUUGGGGAUUUGUGCACACAAGAUACCCCUCAAAUAUCACACAGAAAGAAUUCUGCACGGAGGAGUAGGGAAGACUUUCUGCCAGUCAAUGUCCGAGACUGCUAGACAGUCAAAGGAAACGCUGACUGGAGGGGGCAAAAACAGCCAUUACAGCAAAGGGGGGGC